AUGUCAUCAACUGUUAAAGCUGCCAACUGGAGAUUCGUUGAAGUUGGACGUAUUGUCUUGGUUGAAAACAAAGACUUAGCCACCAUUGUCGAAAUCAUUGAUCAAAAAAGAGCUUUAAUUGAUGGUCCAAAAGUACCAAGACAAGCUAUCUCAUUAGCCAAGGUCACCUUGACCCCAAUUGUCUUGCCAAACUUGCCAAGAGGUGCCAGAUCCGCCACUGUCCAAAAGAAAUGGGCUGCUUCAGAAGUUGACAACAAAUGGUCUUCAUCAGCUUGGGCUAAGAAGUUGGCCACCAAGGAAAGAAGAAGUCAAUUAAGUGAUUUUGAAAGAUUCCAAGUUAUGGUUUUGAAAAAGCAAAGAAGAUACGCCACUAAGAAAGCUUUGGCCAAGGCUUAA